GUUUCCUCGGUAUGAACGCAUCAGAGAUAAUUCUCUAGAUUUUCUCUGUAGAGGUUUUUAAAAGUGUCUUGUUGAUGUAGAUGGCAAAAGGGUGGGUGUGGGAAAUGGAUGGAUGUUUUUGGAUGUUCAGACUGAUCUUAUGAGCAUAUUGUCAUUUUCACCAGUAAGAUGGACAUCCUGUCUCCUAAACUGCACAUAGCUACCUGGACAGUGAUGAACCUCCUCUGUGUGUUUUCGCAUGAGGUGACGGUGAGGCAGUCUGAUCUGAAGCCUUGUGAAAUGGACAAGCGAGUGUGUGUCACUGACGUGAGAGACUGUGGCCCUCGACGUCCUUCAUCUACACCAAGGCCCAUGAACAUGUCCUGCUUCUACCACAUGUCACCCAGCUCCAUGACGUGUGAGUGGACUGAAGAGUCAAACACAGAGUCAGAAGUCUCGCUCACCUUCAAACGCAGGAAUAGAAUCUCAUCAUGUCAAAGAAUCUUCAACCCGGCAGCUCAACUCAACGUCAUCGCCAGGGUAAAAGACUACUUGACAAGCAGAGACAUCUGGUCUCAACCUCAUACUGUUGUUCUUCGUAAUGCGAUCAGACCCUCUAAGCCUGUAUUAACUGUACUUGGCUCCACUGCCGACUCUGUUGAUGUGUCUUGGAUAAGCAGAAGUGAAGGCAGCUGUCGACUUCGCCACAGAGUUAACCACACUCACACAUGGACCCAGGUUCCAGAUUCUGUACCUGCACAUCAACAUCAAAUACUGACUUACCGGAUCAAAGAUCUCCUGCCCUUCACCGUCUACAGAGCAGCUGUGGCCUGCAGACAGGAGUCCAGCAUCCGGAGCGAAUGGAGCAGUUGGAGCCCUGACAUCACUGCAGAGACGCUAGACAGAGUCCCCUCCAGGCCACCAGAGGUGUGUUACAGAGUGGAGAAAACCAACACUGGUGGAUCUCUCCACCUUCAUCUCAUGUGGAAGGACCUUGAAAACCGCGAUGCUGGAGAUCAUAUCCUCGGAUACCAGGUGAGCUACAAGCCAGCAAGCGAGCAGAAGCUGCAGGACAGUUUUGUUCAAAAUGUCACAGGGGUGACGGCACUCCUGGUGGUGGAGGAGGGUAACUGCAGUGUCACAGUUAAAGCCUUAAACACAGCUGGCUACGGACCUGCCACACAUCUCAGCAUUGACACUCAAAGACAGAACGCUCUCCCCUCGGUCAGGAAAUUGUGGGUUUCCAGCUCGUUCCCUGCCAUGAACGACCUUUUGGUCCAAUGGGAGAGCCCCACAGCUCCUCCCUCUGUCCCGUCCGUCAGUCAUUUUGCUGUUGAGUGGUGCCCCAAGCCUCGCCCGUCCUCCUGCCGCUUGACUACAGUGGAUAGCGUCCUCACCUCCACUGUUAUACAAGAUGUUGACCCUGAUGAGUCUUACCUGAUCAGUGUGUUCCCUGUCUACAACCAGCAGUGUGGAUCUCCUCAGUCACUGCCUGCCAGUCUGCAGCAGGGAGCUCUGAUGGAGGUGGUCAACAUGAAGGUGGUGGGCAUGACCAAAACGACAGUGACAGUCGCGUGGGCAUGGCAAAAUAAUUCUGGACCAGUCAGAGUGAACAGAUACAGAGUGAUGCUGAGGAAAGACUCAGAAAGACAAAACACAGAGGAUGUUCUCUCCUUUCCGCCUCUGUUUUUGUGGCCCGACCAAAUGCACAACCACACUUUCCUCAACCUGAACCCCAGCACUGAGUAUUCUCUUCUCCUAAUGGCUGAUAAUGUUUCCAGAAUCAUCAUCCCUGUGAGAAAAUACUUUAUUUCAGAUGAGGUCAUGGGAGGCAGCAGAGGAGUGACUGUGGCAACAGUCGUGGCCACAGUCACUCCUCUGCUGCUGCUGGCCAUUACUGUGUUCAUCAUCUCCAUCCUGUCCAGGACUGUGUACAAGUCGUACUUCUUCCCACCCAUCUCCAGCCCAUGGGGCAGUACAACGGGCCAGUGGCUGAUGGAUCCAAACCACCAGAAAACAUUAGUGAAAAACAUCCUGAACAUAGAGGACUUCCAGCUGACGGAUCAAAGUGUCGUCAUGGUUGGUCCAAAAUCUCAGCACUCAGACGAGGACGAACAUGAAGACACCUCACUGCUGUCGAUCAGUCAUCUCAUCAGCAAGCUGGCUACCCUCCAACUGGGCACAGAGUACAUUUCUGUUCCUCCCGUAGCCACAGAGCACCAACUGGUUUCUGUCCAGUCCUGUCAUCCUGACUACGCAGUGCAAUGUCAAGCAGCAGACAUUCCUCUGCUGCAUCAGGCACAGGAAGCUAACCGCUGCUUUCUUCAGAAAGAGGAAGAGAGCCAACAGGACAACUUUUCUGAGACAUCACGUCAGAAAAAAACUGCUGUAAAACUAUGUUUUUGUGAAUUCACGGCUGAUGCAAACAGUUACAGUGUUUAUCAGAAGGCCUGUGAGGCAGAGUACAUGAUCAACUCUUCCUUUCUCUGGAAAAGGGAUGUUGAAACAGUGAGUGGACAGACGGACUAUAUGAUCUGUGAGACUGACUACAAAGCAAAUUGUUGCUUUACGGUGGAUGAUGGAUAGAAGUUACAACCACCAGCUAACUUUAACUCUGGGUCAAUAACACAGAUGGAAAAAUAAGAGUAAAUGUGGUGGUGACUCCUGGUGGCUGUAAUGUCCAUUACACAGCAGAAAACAAAGAUCACACUUGGUGACACUUGCAGAAAAACACUUCGUCGCUGUAUGUUGGCCAUUUUCGGGAAACAUGGAUGAAGGAUUAGCGGGUGUUCAGACUGAAAUCAGCAAUGCAAGCCCUUCAGUGGUGGGGUAGUGGUUUGAAAUACUGACACAACUGCAUAAUGUCAUAAAGUACUAUUUUAUCUUUUGUCAUGUUGUGAACAGAAAUACAUCUUCUGAAUGAACUUGCAUGAAUCUGACCAAUGGUUGUGCCAAGUGUGUAGAGCUUGGCAUUAUGGUCAUUGCCAUCUUGUUUUGUUUUUCUGGAGCCAGAAGUGACUAUAUUUGGAUGAGAGGAUGGAGCUAUCGGUAAUAUUUUUGAUUAUAUUCAACCGAGAACUCAAGACGCGCCGUUGUUGAGACUUGUCAUUCACAAGGUAGCCAAGCCAAACACACAACCUGCCUUGUUGUCUGUUUUUCUCUAAAUGAGAUCACAAGUUACUAAAUGAACAUCAUGUUGUGUUGAAGAAGAUCUGAAACUACCAAUUGAAACCAUAAACUCAUGAUGAAACUGUUUACUGAGGUAACAAAUCAAGUGACAAGUACGGCCAUUUUCUCAUAAGCUUAUAUGCAAUCAUUGUAUAUUGAAUCCCCCCCCCCACUGGUCAUUAGAAAUAAAGCAGGUUUAGGGCUGUUAGUGUGUCAACUUAGACUCUGAAAGCUUUUUCAGACCACAUAGGGAAAGGAAAACAUUGUGUGCGAAAUGGGACAUUACAGUCUGCACUAGAAUGUCACCACAAUAUUAAUUUCCUCAUCUGGUAUUCUUUUACUCACCAAGGAUCAAGGAGCAAAAUUACAAAACUACACUAACAGGCUAAUAAAUGCCAUGUUAACAUCUAUUGCCAGUGUCACACUGGUUAUUUUUUCCAUGAAAUAUUUAGCAUUUUACCACAUAACUGUUUGCAUAUUUGCAUGGUUAUAUAAUUUGAAUGCUAGCUUAACAGAAUGGCAGUCUAAACAUGUAAAAUGCUACCAUAGUGUAGUUGUCUGGCCACUUCUGUAGCAUUCAUUCUAUCCCCUCACAUACUGUAUUUUAGCUGCUGACUAUCAAACAUAAGGCCAAAAAUGCAAAAUAGUAGUAGUAGUAGUAUCUAAUGGUUAGCAUGUUUAUGCUGUAACCAUGCAUAGAUUUAAAACAGUAACAUGUUGGACACAGACAAUCAGAAUUGGUUAGCUUUUUAUUAUUUCCAGUUCAUUUACAUUUAGAUCAAAUUUGCCCAUCAAUUAUUAGUGUCAGUGAUCGGCCAUUUUGCUGUGUCAACCUUGACCUCUUAUAACAUUGUGCAGGAGAAUAUCAGGGGAGAAUCAACAUUUUUCAGAUCAAUCAAUCAAUAAAUCAAUAAUCUGAGCUUUUGAAUAUGUACAUUUUUAAAUUGAAUGUACAUACUUAGACAUUAAAAUUUGUAAUUAGUUUUUAAUUAUUUGUAUUCAAAUCGUGUUUCAACAUUUUGUCUGUUUCAUUAUGCUUUUAAGUAUUUGUGGUGUUUAUGAUUUAUCCAACUGUGUGUGUCUGUGUGGCUGCUCCAUCUGGCUCACUGUACUGUUUCUGAAUUAAAUCUGUGUCUGGCACAGCUGCGUGACCCAAAUAAAGGUGAAAGCUGUC